AUGCAAGCAGGACAGUCACCGCCUGCAAAGAUUUCAAUUCAAUUCAUCUCCUCCCAGCAUCCAUCCACGGACCAGAAAAAGCCAUUGUUCAAAAUGCAUUUGAUGUAUUACGUAAACGAUGAAGGAAAGCGUAUUUACACGUUGAAGAAGAGGGCUCCAAAUGGUAAAGCCACUGUCUCUUCUCAUCCUGCAAGAUUUUCUCCAGAUGAUAAGUAUUCUCGCCAGCGUUUUACUUUGAAAAAGCGCUUUCAUAUUCUUCCUCAUGAAGUUGCUGCCAGAUCUCUUUGA